UGGCGUCUCCUAAUUUUGUUUGCUUCAAGCUGAUUGGUCAAGAGCAACACACGUCAUCAGUGAUUUAAAAUUUCAAAAACAGCUGCUUCUCGUCGUGGACGUGUGUUUCUCGGACGCGAACAACUGCAAUAUUACAGGAAAACAUGGAGGCUUUAGGUGACAGUAUGAAGGUGGUGGUGAAGGUUUUUAGGAGAGAGUGCCACAGGGUUUUAGACUCUGAGAGGACCACCAUUCAUGGAGCUGAUGGCAUGCACAUGGUGCUGCAGCUGGCCAUGGCUGAAGUGAAAAAGCAGCGCGGCGGAGAGUUCAAAGUGGCCCUGAGUGAUGUCCUGAUGGCCUGGAAACACUUACUGUUAGACAAACUUCACCUGCCGCCCCCCGACUCUGCACGCCUGGAGAACUAUGAUCUCAUCCGCGAGGCUUACGACUCCUUCCUGAAACGCUCCAACACGGUGGACCUGCUCGAUAUCUUCUCCAUGUACAAACAGCUGAGGCUGGCGGACUCGGAUCCAGAUGAGCCCGUGAGCCCGAUCCAGAUGUUUGAAUUCUUAUCUGGCAACAUGGAGGUCUCCGGGUUGCCAGACUCCUCAGUCCCGUCAACACCGUCUAGUAGUCAAAGCAGGCGCUGCAGCUCACAGGUAAAAAUGGCAGUGAGAAGGGUUUUCUGCUCCUAUCUGAGUCUGCUCGUGAACGCCAAGAACGACAUGGCCUCGGCGCUGACCCUCGACGUCCCCGACCGCGCUCUGGGACGGCAGGCUUUCACCGACGUGAAGCACGCCGCGCAGAACGACAACACUUCUCUCUUCCUGGCUGUGACAUCUUUUGUGAGGGCCAUCCAGCUCGGAGGGAAGGGCUACGCUCCAGCUGAGUCCGACCCGCUGAGGAAACAUGUCAAGGGCCUGUCGGACUUUGUCCAGUUUAUAGACAAUCUGGAAGAAAUACUGGGGGAGGUUCCUGACCCAAGUGUGUGUGGAGCCAAGCUGGUGACCGCCAUCAGGUCUGUGCUCGUGAAGGGACGCAGCAGCGAGGACGCCGUCUACGCUGCAGCAGAAGAGACGACGACGGAGCUGAAGGAGAGGGUCCGCCAGCUCCACCUGAUCCAGAGACAGAGCGCUGAUGGAAGCGGGACGGGGAUAAGCCCUGCCAGGCCAAAAGCCUACGCAGUCAAUCACGCCACGGCGUACGGAGGUCGGGACACGGUGAAGGUGCUGAUGGCGCUGCUGGAUGAAGACGCUCUGAAGCCUCCGUGCAGGAACAAAGCAGAUCUGCUGUCCGAGGAUCAGCCCGUCCUCAGCGGAGCGGAGGGGACCUGCAUCCUCACGCUGUUCAGAUCCCCUGAAGUGUCCACUGGUUGUUCUCCAGAACCUCUGAGAAACCGAGUCCAGAGCCGACUAGACCUGCUCAAGCCCAAGGCCGAAGACAAAGUCAUUCGAUCCCAGUUUGCGUGCACAUACAAAGAUGAAGAACUGCCCCUGAACCGCGUGCUGGAGUUCCCCAGCACCAGCCAGGUCCCGUCCUGUGUGCACGCGGCGCCCAAACCCAAAACCCCUCCAGCUGUGGAUGAGGAGACAACAACAGACGUGCCUACUUCCAUCUCUGAAAAUAAGAAACAGAGCAGUGAACAGCGGGGAGUCGCGCUCGGGCCAAGAAGUGGAAAUGCCCAACACGGACUCGCGGGAAGUAGAAAGAAAACUGGCGCUCGGAUGCAAAACAAGGGCAACAAGAGGAAGCAGGUGGAUUCUGACCAGCAGGGGGGAUCAGAAAAUGAGCCUCCACAGAAAAAACAGCCAACUAGUGUCUCUGUGAAAGUACCCAGCAAGAAUGUGGGCAAGACCUCGAGUAAGAAAAAGCUGAUAGCAGGGCAGGGGAAACUUACCAGCUUCUUCAGAGUUUGACGAUUAUUUGUUCUGCUUUCAUGCUGUUGCGGUGGACAGACUGUAGAACGACGUUCAGCACGGAAGGUCGUUCGUUUUUGUUUUUGUUUGUAAUCUGGUGUUGCAGGGGGAUUUCCAAAUGAGGCUUUCAAACAGUCUGAUAAAUGUGUUCAGGAAACGGCUUCACAAGGAACUAAGCGAUUAACGGUAGAUGAAGGAGUUCAAAACUGCGGUCGACUCUGUACAUUACACAGAGCCGGAGCUAGCAUCGGUUUCGCUUAAAAGUAAGCUGGAGCUAGCUAGCUUACUUAUUUUAGCGAAGGACUAGAAGCAGGUGUAUACAGCUGGCGAGCUAAAACCUGCAGCUACAUUUAGAGAUCUGGCAAGCGUAUUUCAAAAACUUCAGACAGAACAAGCCAAACUGUUUGACCCCUUAUUGCAGAUUUUUAAGCUAAAACUAAGCUAACGCUGCUCGCUGUAGCUAUAGCUAUAUAGAGUUAAUAUCUAUCUCUAUAGGGUGAUUAAUAUAUAAUGUGUUGGUUAGCUUCAGGUAGUCUGGUAAAGUUUUGUUAGGCUACAUUUAAAAACAGUCUAAGCUAACUGGUUCCCUGAUUUCCAGUCUUUUUGCUGAGCUAUGCUAAUCCCUAGCUUUAAAUUUAGCAUCGCACCGAUACUCUCAUUUGUCCCUCGGAUCGAGGCUGAACAUGUGUGCUGCCUCCAAUUGAUUUAUUUGAUUAAUAUAUUUAAUUGAUUUCUUUGUAAAGAAGUCAAAUGACUGUGUUUAUAAAUAACAAUCGUUAGCACAAUUUUCGCUGAUUCAUUUUCUGUCAAUGAAACAGAUUCAUUGAUUUCACCCAAACUGCAACAACAGCUUUUACCUGUCGAGGAGUUUUUUUGUAAAACGCACCUCCAACCUCCAGUUGUAUAGUUUAUAUUUAACCAUGAAAUCUGUAAAUAUGAUGCAAAUGUUUCCUUUUAAAUAAACUUUUAUUUUUUUUUGUA